GCCGCCGCCCAAUAAACGCCGCCGCAUUUGAACCGGGCGCCUCCCCCGCGAGCCGCGCCCGGCCGCGGCCCUCCGCACCGGGAGGCUCCGCUCCGCACCGGGAGGCUCCGCUCCGCAUCACUCCGCGCCCGGGAGCCGCGCCGAGCCCCGCGCCCGGCGAGCGUGGCAGGCUAUGGGAUGGAUGAAGCGGAGCAGGACCAGUAUGAAGUCCGCCUCAAGGAGCUCUUCGACAGCUUCGACGGCACGGGCACGGGCUCGCUGGGGCAGGAGGAGCUCACCGACCUCUGCCACGUGCUGCACCUGGAGGAGGUGGCCCCGGCGCUGCAGCAGACCCUGCUCCAGGGCAACCUGCUAGGCAGGGUCCACUUUGACCAAUUCAAGGAAGCACUUAUCCUCAUCUUGUCCAGGACCCUGUCAAAUGAAGAGCCCUUCCAAGAGCCAGGUUCCCCCCCGGAGGCGCAGCCCAAGUUCGUCCGAGGCGGCAAGCGCUACGGCCGGCGCUCCCUGCCCGAGGGCCCGCAGCCCGCCCAGCCCCGCGCCGAGGGGACCGGCGUCGAGCCGCCGAGCGGGGCCGCCCGGCCUCCGCACAUCGCCGCCAGCGACCCCGAGGAGCACUGGAAGACGCAGGACAGUGAGGAGUACGAGGCAGAGGGCCAGCUGCGCUUCUGGAACCCGGACGACCCGACGGCCUCGCAGAGCGGCACCGUGCCGGCGCCCGACUGGGUGGAGGAGAAGCUGCGGGAGGUCUGCGAGCACCUCGGCGUCGCCAGGGACGGCCACCUGCACAGGAAGAAGCUCGUCUCCAUUUGCGAGCAGUACGGCCUCCAAAACGUGGACGGGGAGGUGCUGGAAGAGGUGUUCCAUAACCUGGAGCAGGACGGCACCAUGAGCGUGGAAGACUUCUUCUACGGCUUAUUUAAGAAUGGGAAGUCGCUUACACCCUCUGCAUCUACUCCAUACAGACAGCUGAAGAGACACCUCUCCAUGCAGUCCUUCGACGAGAGCGGGAGGCGCACGACCACGCCGUCGGCAAUGACGAGCACCAUCGGCUUCCGCGUCUUCUCCAGCCUGGACGACGGCAUGGGCUACGCCUGCGUGGAGGGGAUCCUGGACACCUGGCACGAGGAGGGCAUCGAGAACAGCCACGAGAUCCUCAAGGCUCUGGAUUUCAGCUUGGACGGGAAGGUGAACUUGACGGAGCUGACGCUGGCUCUGGAAAAUGAGCUUCUGAUAACCAAGAAUGGGAUCUACCAAGCAGCGCUGGCGAGCUUCAAAACGGAGAUAAGACAUCUGCUGGAGCGAGUCGACCAGGUGGCCAGGGAGAAGGAGAAGCUGCGGUCCGACCUGGAAAAAGCGGAAAAGCUGAAAUCUCUGAUGGCCUCCGAAGUUGACGACCACCAUGCUGCAAUAGAGCGCCGGAACGAGUACAACCUCAGGAAGCUGGAUGAGGAAUACAAAGAACGAAUCGCGGCUUUGAAGAACGAGCUCCGGAGAGAGCGAGAGCAAAUCCUGCAGCAGGCUAAUAGGCAGCGCCUGGACCUGGAGCAGGAGAUCGAGAAGCUGAAAACGGAGGAGAACUACAUCCGCGACCGCCUCACCCUCUCCCUAAAGGAAAAUGGCCGUUUGGAAAGCGAGCUGCUGGAAACUGGAGAAAAACUGGCCGAGUAUGAAAGUCUGGCAAGCAAACUGCAGAGGAACUUGGAAAACGUCCUGGCUGAGAAGUUUGGCGAUCUGGAUCCCAGCAGCGCGGAGUUCUUCUUGCAGGAGGAGCGCCUGGCGCAGAUGAGGAGCGAGCACGAGCUGCAGUGCCGGGAGCUGCAAGAUCAAAUAGACGAGCUGCAGUCUGAGCUGGAGGAGUACCGUGCUCAAGGCAAAGUGCUCAGGCCUUCUCUGAAAAACUCACUGUCGGAAGAGUUUGACAUGGAUAUUAAAAGUCACGGUAAUAGUGGCAUUGAGCCUGACCAAGGACUUGGAUCAGAAGACUGUAAUCCAUUAAAUAUGAGCAUAGAAGCAGAAAUGGUUAUUGAACAAAUGAAGGAGCAACAUCACAGGGACAUGCAUCACCUCAGACAGGAGCUUGAGGACACAGUGAGUCAUUAUGAAAAGCAGCUAGAUGAGACAAAAAUUCACUGUGAAAAGGAGCAAGAAGAUAUGAGGAAGAGGUAUGCCGAAGAGAUGCAUGUCAUGGAAAAGCAAAUAAUUGGCCUUAAAAACCAAAUUGCAGAACUGCAGGGAGAAACAGCACUGCUCCGAGAUCAACAAGAGAGGCUUGGCUGUAAACAUAACGAUGAGAAAAACAAAUUGCAAAUAAGCUUCAAUGAGGAAAAAGCAAAUCUGCAGGAAUUACUCAGGCAGGAACACGAAGAAGAUGUUCGAGUUAAACUGGAGGAGGUAAACGAGAAGUUUAGCCGAGAACGGGAAGAACUGAUUCAAAAUGGUGUCUGGGUGGAAGAAAAGAUGAGAGUUUUAGUGCAGACUCUGCAGGAGGAGAAGGGAGAGCUGGAACGUGGCUUUCAGGAGCGGUUGGAAAGGGUGACGGAAAUGCACGCCCUGGAGAAGGAGGAGCUGCAGCAAGAGCUGCUGAGGAAGCACAAGCAGGAGCUGGAGGAGGAAAGGAAAAAAAUGGAAAGUGACUAUAACAGAAGAGCAUCUCAUGCAGAAACUGAGUUUUCUGUCAACACACAAACACUUGUGAAUAAAUAUGAAGAAAUGAUGCAAAAUCUGGAAGGACGCUACCAACGAGAGUUGCGUGAACUUGCCGAACAGCAGAGAGAGGAAAGAUCUCAGUGGGAGUUUGAAAAGGAUGAAAUUGUCCAGGAGAUUGCUGAAGCCCAAGAGCAACUGAAGGAAAGGCUGGCGAAUGAAAAGGCUGUUUCUCUUGCUCUAACCCAGGAGAAGGAGCUCCUGGAGAAAAGCUUCAAGGAGGAAGUGAACAAGUUGGUGUGUGAGAAAGAACAGCUUCAAAAAGAGCUACAAGAUCUGAGAAACGCUAUCGAAAAGCAAGAGAACAAGUUGAAUGACAAAAUAAUACAACUCCAAAAUGACCAUGAAAAAGAGCUAAAGAACAAAGAAGAGCAUAUAUCCAUGAUGGAGGAAAAUGGGAAGUUGGUUAGCCAAAAGCUGGAGAGACUUGACAGUGAACAUAAGCAAGAGAAAGAAGAACUCAAUUCCAAACUUCUUGCUUUAGAGAGCUUAAACAAAGACAUCUGCGUAAGGGCAGAAAGAGAGAAGGCAGAGAUGAAUUUGGAGAUCUUAAAUCUUCAAGAAAAAAUACAGAAAUUGCAGUGGGAGACCCUUAAUUUUUCCACACUACAAAAUCAUUACAGGGUAUUGGAAAAUGAAUAUGCAAAAGCAAAAAGAAAAAUUGCCUCAUUCUGUGGUACAGAGCAUCCGGGAGAUGAUGCAGAUGUUCUUAGGAGUCUGCAGAAGGUGCACGAGCAGGCAGUGAAGGAAAAUGUCAGGAUGGCUUCCGAGAUCGUCAGGCUGCAGCAGAGGCUGCAAGCCAUCGAGCGUGAGCCGGCGAGACGUGCCGGUUCUGACCAUGCAACCUCCGAUUUGGAGCAAUCCCAGCUGCAAGACGCACUAGAUCCCAUUGUAGAAGAGUUGCCCAGUGACUGUGAAGACACAGAAAAGGGAACAGAUUCAGAUGUCUCUCCGUUGCUGGAGGCUGAUAUUACAGACCUUACAGAAACGACUGAGGUUCAUUCCAGUUUGGAGAAGCCAUGUGAUAAAACCGGAGCGGAGAGCCUUGCUCUCAAGGUGCAGGUGUGUCAGAGGCCGGGAAAUAUCAUGGCCCUGGAAACCGGUUGUAGCCACGAUUCUGACAAGAAGCAAGAGCUAGUUUCUGUAGUGCCCCUGCUGCACAAAAACCAGAGGGAUCUUGAAAAAACUCUUGAGAGAGUUCCCAGACUAAAGAUAUUGCACGAUGAUAUUAGACAGAACAUUCAUCUGAUAAAUAACAGAAUAGCUACAAAAAACAAAGGCUUUUUUUCAGAUGCUUCUAAGCUGCAGAUUGAGCUUGAGGAGGCUGAAGAACUAACUGGUGCUUCUCUCCAGCUUGAGCGUGUUUCUGGAUCAACAAAAGGGAAGGGUGACCUGAAAAACACAAUACCUCAGCUUUGGAAGAGGAUUGAAGAGUUAGAAGAAAGAUCAAUGGCACAAGCUAAGCUUCUGUCUUUACAAGAAGAAAUUCAGGUGGAAAAUGAGGGGCUGAAAUCUAAAAUGAUAGAGUUGGUUGAAAAAAAUAAAGCACUAGAAGAUAACUUACUGAAGCUGAGAAGCCUUCAUCGCAAACUAGAAGAAAGUAACCUGGAAACUAUUAAACUCGGAGAGGAAAAAACACAGCUUCUCAGGAAAGUUAGAGAAUUGGAAGACAUCCCAGAACAAUAUACACAAGGAAAAAUAGAUGCACCCAGUGGAAAGUUAAGACUGCAAUGCCAGCUUGGAAAAGUGGGAGAACAGGCUGCGAGGCUUAAAGCUCUGCAAGACAGGCAUGCCCAAUGCGAUAGCGUGAUAAAGGAAGACUUAGCGGAGAAGACAGAGCAGCAAGAGCUGAGCAGAAAGCUGGAAGUUGCUACUUUGAUUAACCAAAAUGAUGUGCAUCCUCAUGAAGAGAAAGAGGAAUGGAGCGCAAUGACACACGGUUUGCAAAGUACAUGCAGCGAGCUGCAGCAAAAAGUUGAUCUUUUGAGGUGUGAAGCCGAGAAGCUCAGAGAAGAAAACGCUGUUCUGAAAAAUGAAGUAACUCUACUGAAUGAGGAAGGUAGCGCUUCCAGCCUGAAACUGAGGGAGCUAAAUGGAUCUCGAGAAGAAAUGCGGCAAAAAAUAGAGGCGAUAAGAAAGGAGAAAGUGGCUGUACAGAAGAUGGUUGACAACCUGAAAAAGCAGGUAGUGGAUCUGAAAACGAGGAACCAGCAGCUGGACUCUGAAAACACAGAACUUAGCCAGAGGAAUUCCAAAAACCAAGCAGAUGUGCAGGAUCUUAAUCAACAGCUGGCAAGGGUACUCAAGCAAAAGGAAAGAGAAGCAGGGACAUGUUCCUUGGAAGAAUGGGAAAAGGAGAGAUUGCUACUGAAAGAGGAACUGGAAAACUCUAAAAUAAAGUCGUCAAAUAUGGUGUCUUCCUUGGAGAUGGAGCUGUCAAAAAUGAAAGUUCAAGCGCAUAUAUUGGAGCAGGAAAACCACAUCCUCAAGCAGGAGCUGGAGAAAACAAAGCAGCUGCCCAGAUGUUCUGAUCUCUCUGACCUUCAAAAUGAAGUUUCUAGCUUAAUUACUAAAAAUGAAAAGCUGCUAAAAGAAAAAGAAGCCCUGAGUGAGGAAUUAAACAGGUGUAUUGAUAAGGUAGCUAAAGUAAGCUUCUUAGAGAAUGUAAUUGCCAGCUUGAAGGAGGAGCAGAAGUCCCGGCAACAACAGAGUCAGACACUGAAAACGCAGCUCACAGUUUCGCAAGAGAAGGCUCAGAGUCUCGAUGAAACACUGCAAAACACCAGCCUCCAAAUGUCCCGACUGAAAGCGGACUUACGGGUGACGCAGCAGGAGAAGGAAACGCUGAAACAAGAAGUGGUGUCCUUACACAAGCAACUGCAAAACGCCAAGGAGAAGAACCGGGUUCUAGAGCUGGCUGUGCCUUCCUCAGGGCUGCAGGACCAGCAGAAGAAACUGCACUGGGAUGAACUGGACCAGCUGGCGAAGCAGGAGCAGCAGCUGCUAAGACAAGAGAAUGAGAGAUUACAGAGGGAAGUCCAGAGCACUAAAACAGAUCUAACCCAUUCCAGGGAGAAGAUCCGACAGCUGGAAUCUGCUGUCCUUUCUCUAAAGCACCAAAAGCAUCAAAGCCAGUCAGGUAUCGUCAAAGCCAUAGAGCAGGAGAAAUUAAGCUUGAAGAGAGAGUGUGAACAGCUUCAGAAGGAGUUGUCCUCUGCAAACAGGAAGAUCAGUCAGAUGAAUUCUGUUGAACGUGAACUGGAAACCAGCUCAGAAAACGAAGGGCUAAGAAAAAAGCAAGUCAAACUGGAUGAUCAAUUAAUGGAGAUGCUACACUCGAGCGCCAGUGUGAUGCUUAGCCAGUCCCCGCACGCCCGGGAGCUCCAGCAGCAAGGCUGUGCUAUGGUGCCCAAGGAGCAGCUCCUGCAGCUCCAACACCAGCUACUGCAAGCAGAGAGGAGGAGUCAACGUCUUCAGGAGGAACUUGAAAAUAGACAUUCUGAGACAAACAUGCCACAGGGGGGUCAUGAGCAGCUUCUAAAAAUGAUGGAAGAACGUAUGAUGGAUGUAGAACAGAAACUAAGGCUUGUGAAGAGGCUUCUCCAAGAUAAAGUAAAUCAGCUGAAAGAACAACUUUCCAAGAACACUAAAGCAGAUGCAAUGGUCAAGGAUCUCUAUGUUGAGAAUGCACAACUGCUGAAGGCUUUGGAGAUGACAGAACAGCGGCAGAAAACUGCUGAAAAGAAAAACUAUUUAUUAGAAGAAAAGAUUGCUAACCUCAAUAAAAUAGUAAAGAACCUGGCAUCCCCCUGUUUUAACUCAGCAUCUGAGUUAAGGUCAUAGCAAAGCCGUAAGUAUGCCACAAUCCCAUGCACUUUACUGAAAUGUUAGUAUUUCAGCUCUUCACUGUUUUGCCUUUUUGUAUUGAUGGAUUUUAGUUAACAAAUGCCUCCAAGGAGAUGACAGAGCUAAAUCCUAAACAGGACACUGCCAGGACACUUUUGUUUAUUCCCAAACUAUUUUUCUUCUAAAUUUUGCCUAAAACUAAUCUUCAAUAUGUACAAAAAGACAGGUUAACUUAUUCUGAUACUUUGUUUUUAUUUUAAAACAUACAUCUGGAAUUUACUGUACUGAAUUGAUUAUUCCAAUCUAGAUUGAAGCCAGGGUCUAAAGCAAACUGAAGUUAAUGGAUUUAAAACUUAAAAAUAUUUCUAGCUGUCUAGGCACUACUCAUGGUUCAAACCUAGUAAUAUUGAUAGAUCAGUCUUGAGCACUGUCAGUAUAAUUGUCAUUGAAAGCCAGGCUUCCUUGAUGUAGUCUAUAUCCUGCAAACUAAUUCUGGUUUAUCUAAAGCAAUAUACUCCACCUUAUGCAUUAGGCUUCUGGGUUUCUGCAGAGUUCAGAAAAAGUGUUCUCUUAAAAAUAUGUAAAUAGACUGCUGCCUCCAACUAAACACAACAGCAUUUCAUCUGAAGAAAUUUCCCAGCUGGCAAAAGAGAGAUUACUUUUUUUUAAGCUGCACUGCCAGACAACUUAAACUGUAGAGGCCUUAAAUUUUCUGUGUGGAAAGAAGUUAUACUAAACAACAGAAGAAUCACCAAACAGAAGUGAAGAUGUGAGUCCUGUUUAUAUAACUUGUAAAUUCACUAAAGCAGUGAAGUAUGUUUAUUGACUCACAGAAGAACGAAGAGGGAAACGUAAAUGAUUUCUUCGGUGGAAGCCUGUCAUGAGGGCUCCCAGAGAUGGACCUUCGCCGUUCAUACAGUUUUCUGUUUGACCUCAGUGAUCAUUUGAACAGGCCGGUCAUUUCCAGUAGAUGCUAAUACAGAGUCUGAGUUUGUAAUUAGUUGUGAGGAAACAUAUUCAAGGUGAAUAUGAAAAACUCAGGGAAUCAUAGCCUAAACUAGUUUCCUGCACUGUUAUGAACAUGGAUAUUAAUGUCAAUAGAUGAAGAUAAACAUACAUUAGGAAAAGCAGGAUAAACCAAACUGAAUUUGGUUGAAUAUUACCUGAUAAUACUCCUAGAUGAACAUGCACUAAUAGUGUGGUCAUGAUGGUCAAAGAGCAGCAUGGUUUGUGAUAGCAGGUGAUAUUUUCUAUCAGACCAAUUUAUGAGGAUAGGGAAUACAAGUUUUCUGGGAACAUCCUCAAGAUUUGAGCUAGGUGUGACACAGAAGGAGCUGAAUGAGACCUUUAUGCUUGUAUAAACCAUUACCGCAGCCUAAAUAAAGAUGCUAUUGCUCCCUAUACAAACUCUUUGCCCCUAUCAGGGCAGUAAGACAUUUUUAAACAAUGUAAAUAAAACGGGUGAGACAGGCUAUAUUGGCAGUACUUGAAACUGGUCCUCUUUAAAUAUAUACUGCAUAAAUAGUGUAUGCAGAGGAAGAGGGUAAAAUGCUUUGUCUCUGAGACCACUAGUGCAAGAUGACAAUUACAACAGCAUUUGUAAUGAGCCAGCUGCACCCUAGAAACUGGGAUAAGACUGCCUACAGGCUCUUGAGUUACCUGCAGAAAAUUACUCAUUUGGUACUGAUUAGUGUAUGGCUCUAGGGGAUACUAUUUAUGUCUAAAGGGUUACCUACUAAUUAGAGGGUUGAGGGACCGAACUAUACAGAUGGGGUAUGACAUCCUCUUCUCCUUCGCCUCUCCUUCUCCUUUCCUUUAUGGAAGCAAUAUAAGGCCUAGUAAAAAAAAGAAUUGAAGAGAUGGUAUCAGGUUUUCUUCUUACACCUGCAAGCAAGAAUGCAGCAUAAAGAUGCAGGUGAAAAAAAGUAAUCAUAAAGAAUCUGUGCUUUUUUUUUUUUGUUGUCGUCGAAAGGUCACAGUGAGCAUACAGGAGUAUAUUUACAUUCAAUAGAUCUUUUUCAAAAUCAGGAAAGAUUUAUCAAAACAAUAAUGGAAAAAUACCUUGGAGUAAUGCAAUGCAAUCUUUAUACAUUAUUUCACAACUAUGUUGGUCUAAAUACCUGUACUGAUGCUGUUUUUCUGAGUAAUCUCAAAUUCAGACAUUUACAUACCCCAUUUUUUCCACAGUCUGCAAAAGCUUUUUUACAAAUUCAAAAUUGCAUUGAGAUAAAUUGGAGUUUCUUUUUAAAUGUUCGAAGCAGGAAGAUCUUGUUUAUCACAGUAAUCAAUAAGCUGUAUCAAUUAUAAAAUAGCUCUGUGUGUGGGUACCCGGACUGUAUGUUAGCAAUAUUGAGCGCACACACAAAAACCAUGCCUAUGCUAAGAAAAUUAGUGAUGUUUAAAAAUGUUUCCAGGAAGCACUGUAGCUGAUCUUCAGAUGAUCAGAAUUGUACCUGGAAAAACAUUACGAGAUAGUACUCUUUAAGACCAUUUCACCUCUUAAUCUAGGUUUACUUCUAAUGCUCAGUAUGUGAUCAGAGUUUGAAAACGGAACAGAUGGAAUGAGUAUUUAUUUAAACUACUGUGGAAUUAAUUUGAAAUAACUCAUUAUAAAGACUAGACUACUCACCUAAUGUUUUUAAUCUCCUAGUACUUACAGGUUUUUUUAAGCAAACAUACAGGCAUUUCUAAAACACAGUGCUGAAAAGGGAGCCCUGAUAUGAUGAUAACACUGGUAUACUAAGGAGAAACAGAGAAAAGGGAACUUGACUUCUCCAUUUCUUAUCCUAUCUUGCCCUACUUUUCUUUCACUUAGCUUUAAAAAAUUAAACUAACCACGGAAGAGAACAGGAGGAGAAGGACAGAGGAGGAGAAAAAUGUUUGGUAAAUAUUUCUCGGACCAAACUCCAAUUUCAGUAGAAUAUUUGUGUGAAUUAAUUCUCAGAAGUGCCUUUUGUAAUUACGUAUGAUAGAAUCUCUGUACUGUAUUUUCUGUUGCUACAGAGCAAUUCAGGACAAUCCUUUCCCAAACGGAGUGAACUCAGAGAAAGGUAGUGCUGCUUACAAACAAGUGUUAUGUUGUAUAUUGGUUAUGUCAGCUCAGCAGUUAAGCAGCUAGCGUUAUAGAGUCCAAGCUAGUGAAAAUAAGCAUAUAAACAUGUAAACUCUUAAGCAUUUGUGAUCUUUCAUGCAUGAGUGUCUCCUAUGCAGUAUAGGCAUUUUAAAGAUACCAAAGUAUUUAACAGUAUCAUAACAUGCAGUCAAAAAACUAUUGAAUUCCUAAGCCUUGUUCACACAACAGGUCUUGCCAAUUAAGAUAUUAACUACUGUAUUACUAAAAGGUGGUUUAAAUGUUUUUUUAACUCUUGCUUUAUGAAUCACUGUGAAAAUAGAGGCACAUAGAUGUUUGGGGUUGGGAUUUUUGAGGGAGGAGGUGGGGGAGGCAGAGGAAGUAUAUGGCCAAGUCAAAUUUACAUGAAUUAAAUCUACGCAGCUGGAGUACUACUUGUCAAUUUAGAACGGUAUAAAAGUAUAUAUUGCCAUACAUCCGCAAAUAUUAAUUUAAGUUCAAAGAAAACUAAAUUAUUUUAAUUCUGAUUUAAAAAGGGAUUGUAACAUAUUUGAUUUUAGCUAUUUACAGAUUAUAUGUGAGGUGCAGAAGGGGACGGUUUGACUCUAUCAAAGAACAGCAAAAGCCUUUAUUUUGCUUUCAACAAAUGACAUCAUUGUAACUGUGCUGUGUUGUCUCCCGAAUUUUACCUAUUAGUCUCCUGUUCUGUCAGAUGCUGUCAUUACUGACGACUGACUUCUGUAUAAACAAAAGCAAUUGUGUAUUUUUUCAUCGUUUUGUCUCAGUGUAAUAUAUUGUCCUUGUAACAUCAUGUAAAAGUGAAAGGUGAACCAACGUAUACGUUAUUUAUAAUGAAUGUAAAAAAAUAAAUUUCUGUAUCCUCA